CAUUCACAAGGAGAAAAACACCAUGAAACAAAUCAAAGUCUCUUUCCUCAUCUUCAUCCUUUUCUUCAUCAUCUCAAAUACCAAAGCUCAACAAGAAUACUCAGGCAACUCAAUACUAGACUGUGACCAUCAAAGCACAUCACCUCCAUCUCCUUCUUAUCUCUACACCUGCAAUGGCCCCAGUCAAUCCUGCCAAGCCUUCCUCAUCUUCAAAUCCCUACACAGUCACAAUUCAGUCAAGGACAUAUCAUCUCUCUUUAACACUGACCCUUUUGAGCUUGCUCAAAUCAACAACGUCUCGGAUUCCUACACUUUUCCCAGCAACAAAGAAGUCAUCAUUCCCGUGAAUUGUUCAUGCUCAGCGCUCUCAUAGGCGAGAACCCUUAUAAACCUGAGAAACUAUUUGGCGGUCUUGAUUUGUUAGUUCCUCUUCGAUGUGCAUGCCCUACAAAGAAUCAGACUCAGGAUGGUACAAAGUAUCUGAUGACAUACUCUCUCAAUGAGAAUGACAAUCUUUCUGAUCUUAGCGAAAGAUUUAAUGUCAGUGAUGACAAAGUUGGGAAUGCUAACGGGUUUGUUGAUCCAGACCCGGUUGUUUAUCCAUCCACCACAGUGCUCAUCCCAUUGCCAAGAAAACCCUUGAGCUCGCAAACUCAAAUUUAUCACCCACUUGAGUACAGUCCACCUCCCCGUUCAUGUCCAAUCAUUCGUAAGGCUAAAAGAUUAACUACAGGACUUCAUGUAGGUAUUGGUGCAGCUAUUUCUGUUGCAGUUCUGUUUCUUAUCGUUACAGUUUUAUUGUGGCUUCGAAGAAAGAAGAUGAAAAGAAUGGUGAUGAAGAAUAACAAUGUUGUAUCAAAAGAUAUUGCUAACGCCGUGUCAAUAAUAGACUGCCCAUUGAAGAUAUUUCUGGUUGAGGAAAUAAAAGAGGCGACUAAAUAUUUCAGCUCAGAGUGCAGGAUACAAGGAUCAGUGUAUAAGGGAAUAAUCGGCGAAAAUGUGUCUGCAAUCAAGAAGAUAAGUAAGGAUAUGUCACAGGAAGUUAACAUACUGCACAAACUCAAUCAUGUCAAUAUUAUAAGCCUCCAUGGAAUUUGUACAGGAGAAGAAAACUGCUAUUUAGUCUAUGAAUUCAUGGAGAACGGGUCUCUGAAGGAUUGGCUCAAGAAUCCUAAUCGAUCUGGGCUCUUGAAGUGGACCCAAAAGGUUCAGAUUGCUCUGGACAUCGCUAAUGGGCUCGAUUACAUACACAACUUCACAUAUCCGCCAUAUAUUCACAAGGAUAUAACGAGCAGUAAUGUUCUCCUUAACGGGAAAUUGAGAGCUAAAAUAACAAACUUUACACUGGCAAGAUCAUCAGACUGUAGAAAGUCCGGUUCCUACUUAACAAAGAAUGUUGAGGGUACUCUCGGUUAUAUGGCACCUGAGUUCAUAGAAUCUGGACUCAUAACGCCGAAACUUGAUGUAUAUGCAUUUGGGGUAGUUAUAUCGGAACUUAUUACAGGAAAGAAAGCUAUAAAUGUAAGCAAAGGGAGAGAAGAACUGUUAUCGGAAUCGAUAGUUUCCAUUGUAGAAGGAAACAAUGCAGAUCGAGAGCUUAUGGGCUUCAUGGAGUCUACUAUGAGAAGCAUAAGCCCUGUAGGUUUAGUAACGGAGGUAGCAAAACUAUGUGUGGCUUGUUUGGCAAGAGAUCCAGAGAGGAGACCUAGCAUGCAUCAGGUUGUCUCAGUUUUGACAAGGGUUCAAGUAGAUUCACAGAUGUGGGCUUUGGCAUACCAAUAG